AUAAAUUAAAAUAAAUGGAAGGGACUGAAUUUUAAGGGGCAAUCUCGUCACCGAAAUAAAUAAAAAUAAUAAAAGACAACGUAGGCCUACAUUUUGUAUUAACUUGACAUGUGUAAUUGAUACUUGAGCAACUGGUCCACAUAGGGCUACCUGAAGCAAAUCCUGAAAACAUUCUAGUUUUUUUCCCCAUUUAUCCGGAAUGUCCCCAUGCUCAGCUAGUCACGCAGUACAACUUAGCCUUUUUAAGACGAAGUGCAUCAACAGCUGUUCAAACAGUACACUGUACAGUGUGCAUGUAGGCAUACUGCAUGCACAUAUGUAUACAUGCACACAUGCAUAUUGCAUACAGCGUGUAUGGAUGGAUAUGUUACCACUGUAUGUAUUUUUGCAUCAAUGUAUUAAUGCCUGUAAAUGUCUGGAAAAUAAUACUUUCGGUGUCCUAGCUCUCAACGCUGUCUUUAUUUUUUAAACUGAAGACAUUUCAAUGCACGUAGCUCACGGUUCAUGUGUAUGCAAGUUUAUGUUUAACCACGUUAUUAGGACCAUGCUGCCCUCAUUGUUGAAAAUGCUUGCUCUCUGUGAUAGACAGAACUGACACAUGGUGUGUUCCCAGUAGAUAUCAGAUAGAUAGAUUUUUCUAAGAUAUCAACAGUUUCGCUGGCAUUUGGUUUGGCGUUCUGAGAAUGAGGUUACGAGACUAGACUAUAACCACACCCACUUUCACUGAUAUUGUAAACACCUUGUUCUGCAGCACUUCUACCAAACAGAACGCACUUCACUCCGAUGGUGCAAGAUUUGCAUCACCUAACACAAACGAGGCGUUUGUAUGUUUAUUUUCACAUGAUUUACUAUCAGAGGAACAGGAUGGAUUAAUUACCCAGAAAAAAAAGUACUGGAAUUUUGCGUUGCGUAUGCUUGUGUGGUGAGCUAUAGGAAUUUAUGAGUCAUGUUGCAUAUUUUAUACCAUGGUAGAGCGCCUAUCUGACAACAAGUAAGGUCUAAAUCAUGACGUUAUUAGGACGUCUGCUCUACCUCACGUGGGUAGCCAGACAUCGUCCCCAAAAGGAGAUAAAUAAUACAACCCGGAGCGCUGCCCCGCUGACUCGUCAGUGGAACUGUUUCAGCUGCACACGCAGAUGAGCUGCCACGGCUGACCCCCUACUCCCCCCCCCCCUCACCCCUUCCCCUCCCCCCACUACAAUUGGUGCCAUGCAAGCAGAAGGGCAAGGGAAGUUGUGAGGAAAAGGGAAAUGUGCAGGGCUGGUGUUUGACAUCUGGUGGUUUUUUUUCUCACACUAUGAGAAGAACAAAACAGUCACUUGCACAUUGCGUCGAGAACUUCAUCAGGGAAGCCAUUGCGCUCAUGAGACUGACCCAGGGUUGCUGGACUAGACAACCAACUUGAAAACCAAUAGAAAAUGGCUCCAAACCAAUUUCAAGAACACACAUGUACUAUUCCCAAACCAAUUGUAAGAAAGCAGAGGCAGACAUGGUAGUAACUAUUCCUCUAUAGUGGCAUCCAGGGAAGACGAGAACCAGGGAAACCAUAAAAACAGAGAAAGCAAAGCAUCCCACAGAGUCAAGUAGCUGAAGCAUAAAAGAUGUAUAUCAAUUUCCGCCGAAUCAGCAAGUGCCGAUGCGUGCAUCUGUUGGUGGCCAGCCUGGUCCUGUACGUGAUGCUGGUGGGCUUGGAGCCAUUGGACCACCACGCCGUCAGCCACGUGCGCUCGUUCGGCUACCGCUACCUCGUCAACAAGUUUGACUUCAACGCCACCUUCCGCAUCGCCGCCUACCGGCGCCACGGCGGCCCCGAGACGGGUCAUGAUGGCGGCGGGACGACCGGCUUCCCUUACCUCAUCAACCACCCGGACAAAUGUGAUGGCGGCGGCGGCGGGGGUGGAGGGUGGGGCCGAGUGCUCCUGCUCCUGUUUGUCAAAUCGUCGCCCGAGAACUCUGCGCAGCGCCGGGCGAUCCGGGAUACGUGGGGCAACGAGACUUUCGUGCCGGGCCGGCGGGGCGAGCGUGUGCGCGUGCUGUUCGUCCUAGGCGCGCACCCUGACCCGGGCCAGCGGCUUCGGGUUCAGGAGGACCUGCUCCGUGAGGACCGGGCUCACGGGGACCUGAUCCAGCAGGACUUCGCCGACACCUUCCACAACCUCACGGCCAAGCUGGUGCUGCAGUUCCAGUGGGCCCGCCACCACUGCCCCGACGCGCGCUUCCUCAUGUCGGCCGACGACGACGUCUUUGUGCACGUGCCCAACCUGCUGAGGUACCUGCGGGGCCUGCUGGACUCGCCGAGCGGCGGGCGAGACUUGUGGGUGGGCCACGUUCACAGAGGGGCGCCCCCCAACCGCCGGAAGAGCAGCAAAUACUACGUCUCUCGGGAGCUGUACCCCUUGCCCUGCUACCCGGACUACACGGCUGGCGCGGGCUACGUGGUCUCCGGGGAUGUGGCCGCCAAGAUCUACGGGGCCACUUUGGUGCUCCGCUCCUCCAUGUACAUCGACGACGUGUUCAUGGGGAUGUGCGCCAGCGUGGCAGGGGUUUCCCCCCUGGACCACGCCUACUUUUCAGGUGAGGGGAAGGCACAGCGCCACCCGUGCAUUUUCGACCAAAUGAUCACGUCGCACGGCCACGAGACAGACAUGUACGCACUGUGGCGCGCCACGGCCGAGCGCGAGCUAGCCCGGUCGGCCCCGGGGCCGCUGGGGGAUACGUACUGCGUGGCGGUGAGGGCCGCGCUGCUCUGCCGGCCCCACUAUCGGGACACUUAUUCAUGCAUGGCAGCCUUUAUGUGAGUAGGUGGACCUCUGGGGCAGCUAUAACAUUAGCAUCCGAUCAUAAAAAUAUCAUGUGUCCAAAUAAGUCAGAAGGAAUUGCUGCACUUGAAAGUUGAACUACUACAAUUAUCAUCUAAUGUUUUUUUUUAUUCAUUCAUAGUUUUUUUUUUCCGGCUUUACAAUUAUUUGCUGUUAUGUUCUCCCCGUUGAAUUAAAGACCAAAAUGAGGACCUCCGAAA